GCAGCCCGGCUCACUCCUGCCUACCCCUGCCCCUCACCUCCCUCACUCCCUCCACCUUAGUCCUCCACUAUGGGACCCGCUUCAGGGCCCCAGCUGCUGCUGCUGCUGCUGCUGGCUGGCUCCCACUUGGCUCUGGGGAGUCCCAUGUAUUCUAUCAUCACCCCCAACGUCCUGCGGCUGGAGAGCGAAGAGACGAUCGUGCUGGAGGCCCAUGAGGCACAGAACGACGUCCCAGUCACAGUCACUGUGCACGAUUUCCCAAAGAAGCAGGUGCUGACCAGCGAGAAGACAGUGCUGACAGGCGCCAGUAGACACCUGGGCACCGUCACAAUCAAGAUUCCCGCCAGUAAGGAGUUCCAGACAAAUAAGGGUCAAAAGUAUGUGACAGUGGUGGCGAGCUUCGGACCAACGGUGGUGGAGAAAGUAGUGCUGGUGAGCUUCCAGAGUGGGUACCUCUUCAUCCAGACAGACAAGACCAUCUACACCCCAGGCUCCACAGUCCUCUAUCGGAUCUUCACUGUAGACAACACGCUACUGCCCGUGGCCCGGACGGUUGUCAUCACCAUUGAGACCCCCGAUGGCGUGACCAUCAAGAGAGACACUCUGUCUUCUCAAAACCAGUAUGGCAUCUUACCCUUGUCUUGGAACAUUCCAGAACUGGUCAACAUGGGACAGUGGAAGAUCCGAGCCUUCUACGAGCACUCACCACAGCAGACCUUCACCGCGCAGUUUGAGGUGAAGGAGUACGUGCUGCCCAGUUUCGAGGUCCUGGUGAACCCUGCAAAGCCAUUUUAUUACAUCGACGACCCAAAGGGCCUGGAAGUUUCCAUCUCAGCCAGGUUCCUGUACGGGAGGAACGUGGACGGGAUGGCCUUCGUGAUCUUUGGGGUCCAGGAUGGCGACAAGAAGUUUUCUCUGUCCCAGUCCCUGCAGCGUGUGGAGAUCGAUAACGGUUUUGGGGAGGCAGUGCUGAAACGACAGAUACUGCUGGAUGGGGUACAGCCCCCCAACGCUGAUGCCCUGGUGGGGAAGUCCCUGUACGUCUCCGUCACCGUCAUCCUGCACUCAGGCAGUGACAUGGUGGAGGCAGAGCGCAGCGGGAUCGCGAUUGUCACCUCCCCCUACGAGAUCCACUUCACCAAGACACCCAAAUUCUUCAAGCCAGCCAUGCCCUUCGACAUCAAGGUGUUUGUGACCAACCCUGAUGGCUCUCCAGCCCCUCGAGUGCCAGUUGUCAUUGAAGGAUCUGAUGCACAGGCUGUCACCCAAGAUGAUGGUGUGGCGAGGCUGAGUGUCAACACUCCCAACAACCGCAAUAAACUGACCAUCAAGGUACGCACUAAGGACAGUGAUAUCCUGGACGCACGACAAGCAACCAACACCAUGACGGCACAGCCCUAUGGCACUAUGCACAACUCCAACAACUACCUGCAUCUGUCAGUGUCUCGUGAAGAGCUCAAACCAGGGGACAACCUCAAAGUCAACUUCCACCUUCGCACAGACCCCGGCCAAGAAGCCAAGAUCCGCUACUACACCUACCUGAUUAUGAACAAAGGGAAGCUACUGAAGGUGGGCCGCCAGGUUCGGGAGCCUGGCCAGGACCUGGUGGUCUUGGCCCUGCCUAUCACCCCAGAUUUCAUUCCUUCCUUCCGCCUGGUGGCUUACUACACCCUGAUUGGAGCCAAUGGCCAGAGGGAGGUGGUGGCAGACUCUGUGUGGGUGGACGUAAAGGAUUCCUGUGUAGGCACGCUGGUGGUAAAGGGUGACCCGAGAGAUAACCGACAGCCGGCACCUGGGCAGCAAACGACCCUCAGGAUCGAGGGAAACCAGGGGGCCCGAGUUGGCCUGGUGGCCGUGGACAAGGGCGUGUUUGUGCUGAACAAGAAGAACAAACUCACACAGAGCAAGAUCUGGGAUGUGGUAGAGAAGGCAGACAUCGGCUGCACCCCAGGCAGUGGAAAGGACUAUGCGGGUGUCUUCGCGGAUGCCGGCCUGGCCUUCAAAACAAAUCAAGGCCUGCAGACUGAGCAGAGAACGAAUUCAGAGUGCAUCAAGCCAGCUGCCCGCCGCCGUCGCUCAGUACAGCUGAUGGAGAAGAGGAUGGACAAAGCGGGUCAGUACAAGGACAAGGGUCUGCGGAAGUGUUGUGAGGACGGCAUGCGCGAUAUCCCUAUGAAGUUCAGCUGCCAGCGCCGGGCACACUUCAUCAGCCAGGGGGAGAGCUGUGUGAAAGCUUUCUUAGACUGCUGUAAAUACAUCACCGCGCUCCGUGAGAAGCACCAGCGAGGCCAAGUGCUGGGCCUGGCCAGGAGUGACAUGGAUGAGGACAUAAUUCCCGAAGAAGAUAUUGUCUCCCGAAGCCAAUUUCCAGAGAGCUGGUUGUGGACCAUAGAGGAGCUGAAGGAACCCGAAAAGAAUGGAAUCUCCACGAAGGUCAUGAACAUCUUUCUCAAAGACUCCAUCACCACCUGGGAGAUUCUGGCAGUGAGCUUGUCAGAUAAGAAAGGAAUCUGUGUGGCGGACCCCUAUGAGAUCACAGUGAUGCAGGAUUUCUUCAUUGACCUGAGGCUGCCCUACUCCGUGGUGCGCAAUGAGCAGGUGGAGAUCAGAGCCGUGCUCUUCAACUACCGUGACAACGACAAGCUUAAGGUGAGGGUAGAACUGUUAUACAACCCAGCCUUCUGCAGCCUGGCCACCGCCAAGAAACGCUACUACCAGAUCAUUGAAAUCCCUGCCAAGUCCUCUGUGGCAGUGCCUUACGUCAUUGUCCCCUUGAAGAUCGGCCUCCAGGAGGUGGAGGUCAAGGCUGCUGUUUUUGGCCAGUUCAUCAGUGAUGGUGUCAAGAAGACCCUGAAGGUCGUGCCGGAAGGCAUCCGAGUCAACAAGACCAUUAUUACCCGUACACUGAAUCCAGAGAAGUUUGGCAAAGAGGGAGUGCAGAGGGAGGAUGUGCCCGCUGCAGACCUCAGUGACCAAGUGCCGGACACGGACUCUGAGACCAGAAUUCUCCUGCAAGGGACCCCAGUGGCUCAGAUGGUUGAGGACUCCGUGGACGCAGAGCGGCUGAAACACCUGAUCGUGACCCCCUCAGGCUGCGGGGAGCAGAACAUGAUUGGCAUGACACCCACAGUCAUUGCCGUGCACUACGUAGACCAGACAGAGCAGUGGGAGAAGUUCGGCCUGCAGAAGAGGCAGGAGUCUCUGGAGCUCAUCAAGAAAGGGUACACCCAGCAACUGGUCUUCAAACAGCCCAGUUUUGCCUACGCUGCCUUCAAGAACCGGGCACCCAGCACCUGGCUCACAGCCUACGUGGUCAAGGUCUUCUCUCUGGCUGCCAACCUCAUCGCCAUCGACUCUCAGGUCCUGUGUGGGGCUGUUAAAUGGCUGAUUCUGGAGAAACAGAAGCCGGAUGGUGUCUUUCAGGAGGACGGACCCGUGAUUCACCAAGAAAUGAUUGGUGGAUUCCGGAACACCAAGGAGGCCGAUGUGUCCCUCACGGCCUUCGUCCUCAUAGCACUUCAGGAAGCCCGAGAAAUCUGUGAGGGGCAGAUCAACAGCCUGCCCGGGAGCAUUAACAAGGCAGGGGAGUACAUCGAAGCCAGUUACCUGAACCUGCAGAGACCAUACACAGUGGCCAUUGCUGGGUAUGCCCUGGCCCUGAUGGGGAAACUGGAGGAGCCUUACCUCAGCAAGUUUCUGAACACAGCCAAAGAUCGGAACCGCUGGGAAGAGCCCGGCCAGCAUCUCUACAAUGUGGAGGCCACGUCCUAUGCCCUCCUGGCCCUGCUGCUGCUGAAAGACUUCGACUCUGUGCCUCCUGUGGUCCGCUGGCUCAAUGAGCAAAGAUACUACGGGGGCGGCUACGGCUCCACACAGGCCACCUUCAUGGUAUUCCAAGCCUUGGCCCAAUACCAAACAGACGUCCCUGACCACAAGGAGUUGAACAUGGACGUGUCCUUCCACCUUCCCAGCCGCAGCGCCCCAACUAAGUUCCGUCUGUCCUGGGAAACCGGCAGCCUCCUACGAUCAGAAGAGACCAAGCAAAAUGAGGCCUUCUCUCUAACAGCUAAAGGAAAAGGCGAAGGCACAUUGUCGGUAGUGACAGUGUAUCAUGCCCAAGUCAAAAAAGACAAAAUUGCCUGCAAGAAGUUCGACCUCAGGGUCACUAUAGCACCAGCCCCUGACACGGCCAAGAAGCCCGCAGAGGCCAAGAGAACCAUGACCCUUAGCAUCUGCACCAGGUACCGGGGAGAUGUGGAUGCAACCAUGUCCAUCCUGGACAUCUCCAUGAUGACUGGAUUUGUUCCAGACACGAACGACCUGGAACGGCUGAGCACAGGAGUGGACAGAUACAUCUCCAAGUACGAGAUGAACUCAGCCUUCUCUACCAAGAACACCCUCAUCAUGUACCUCGAAAAGAUCUCACACUCCGAAGAAGAAUGUCUAUCCUUCAACGUUCACCAGUUCUUCAAUGUGGGACUUAUCCAGCCCGGGUCGGUCAAGGUCUACUCCUAUUACAACCUGGAGGAAUCGUGCACCCAGUUUUACCACAUGGAUAAGGAGAAUGGACUGCUGAGCAAGCUCUGCCACAAGGAAAUGUGCCGUUGUGCUGAGGAGAACUGCUUCAUGCAUCAGGCACAGGAGAAGGUCAGCCUGAACGACCGGCUGGAAAAGGCUUGCGAACCUGGAGUGGACUACGUGUACAGGGCCAGGCUAGCUGCUACGAAGCUGUCCAGUGCCUUCGAUGAGUACACCAUGACCAUCGAGCAGGUCAUCAAGUCAGGCUCAGAUGAGGUGCAGGUCGGGCAGGAACGCACGUUCAUCAGCCACAUCAAGUGUAGGCAAGCCCUGAAGCUGCAGGAUGGGAAGCAGUACCUCCUGUGGGGCCUGUCCUCCGACCUCUGGGGAGAGAAGCCCAACACCAGCUACAUCAUUGGGAAAGAUACUUGGGUGGAGCUCUGGCCCGAGGAUGAAGAAUGCCAGGAUGAGGAGAACCAGAAACAGUGUGAGAACCUCGGGGCUUUCACAGAGACCAUGGUGGUCUUCGGCUGCCCCAACUGACCACAGCCCAGCCCUCCAAUAAAGCUUCAGUUAUAUUUCA